CUGGUCAGUGCAAGUGAGAGUUCAAGGUUGAGUUUCAAACCACGAGAGUACCCUCAUGUACUCUACGCAGUAGUAUUGGAAGACGAAGAAGACAGGCGAAGAAGCGGCUCAAUCAAGCCUGCCGCCUAACCUGAUGACAAUGGAUGGAUUUGAUGAAGCCACUCGUUCGGUAUUGGAAGCUGCAAGUGUUGACGAAUGCACCUUGAAAGCCCUUAGCCGAGAGGACUUGCAAGACCUUUUUCCUGGCCCUGAAAACUUUCUUAGAAGGAGAAGAAUUUGGGAUUUUAUCAAUGAAAAUUCUGGAAAUAUAGACCAAGAUUCAAGUGCUUGCAGUGAAUACAGGAGCAUGCCCUCAACUACUUCUGCGUCACCAUGCCAGCUUAAGACCUCCACUCCCACAUCAGAUGAGAAAAAGAUGAAGAUGCCAGACCCUCCAGAAUAUGUCGUUUACACGGACUCAGAGUUGGAUUUGGUACGGGCUCAAUAUUUUGCACUCCUUCAGAGUGGGAAGGAAAGAGGCUUCAAGAUGUCGAAGGAGCUGUGUUGCAGACUAAUAAGAAACACCAUAACAAGCAUGGUUGCAAUCCUUCGCGCAAGUCCGAUGGGAAAAGAAGCAAGCUAUCCCUCAAAGCUGGAAAUGAAAGUCAUGUCGCAGAAAAUAAUUGAGUACUACCCCAUGUUGCGUGAUACUGAUCCAAAUAUGCCACAUAUAGACUACUUAACUAGCAUUCUUUCACCACAGCUGACGGUCUACACAAAAAUGUUCAAGCGACUCCAGAAUAUGAGAUCCCCAUGCAGGAAGAGGCAGGGCCCCGUUCUUCUGAGAGGCCCAGCAAAGACUCUCUUCAGUGAAGACCAAGACAUUGACACGGAUUUGACAGACACGAGCGGAUCGGCUGAUACAGUCAUUCUUGAGAGCAGUGAAGACCUCAGUGAUGACAAUUGCAGUGCAGUGUCCCCAGCACGAGAUCCCCCUGUGCCAAAAAAGGCAAAGAGUGGCACCAAAGCAUCCAUUCCAUCAUCCAGGUCUUCCUCACCGGCACCCAGGACUGCAAUUGCUUCACCAACCAUGCCUGCGAAAGAUGUUGCUGCGUCCCCAGCACGAGAUCCCCCUGUGCCAAAAAAGACAAAGAGUGGCACCAAAGCAGCAAUUCCAUCAUCCAGGUCUUCCUCACCGGCACCCAUGACUGUGAUUGCUUCACCAACCAUGCCUGCAAAAGAUGUUGCUGCGGGUCUCGACAGUCUGAAGAUGCAGGCCAGACACUACAAAACCUUGAGCAACAUGUACAACAAGCCCAAUGCAAAACCCAAUCAAAAUGAUGUGGCGCAAAUUCUGGACCUCGAGUUCGAAGCCAGACGGGCCUUUAUCGAUUCAGAUGUUACCAAGGAAGAAGACCGACCUGCAAAAAUCCUUGAUGCAUAUCCAUGCUUUAAAGAUGUUCGAAACGCCAUGGAUGAACUACGGCGCAUAGUAGAUGGUACUAACCGCAGAUACAUCGAGGACGUAAGAGGAAGAUGGACAGAAUUCUGCACGAAGGUGCAGUUCUAUAGCGUGUGGAAGAAAGUCCUCAAACCCCCUUUUCCUUUGGAUGUUCGCAGUGUGGAUUUCACACUGGCCCUCUUCAAUGCACUGCCACCCCUCUUCCCCUCAUCCGUUUUGCCACCAAAGAAGCUCGCUUGCAGUGAGGCACUUAUUCAUAUCUUGAAGUCAAACGAAGACCCUGCCCUCUACCUGCAGAAGCGUCCUCUCUGCUCCCCAGUUCUGCUGUUUGAUGGCUCAACUACCAUUGUGGCUGUGGGUAACGUACCUGUUACAACCCUCAAGCAGGAAGAUUUUUCAGAGGGGAUGUUGGUGUUGAUGGCGUACUAUUAUACAUUGCACCUCACAUACCCCAAAUGUGUGGCAACCCUGCUCUCUGUUAUUCAAACGGAGGUCAUUGGUGACGCCCUCCAUGAUAAGGAUGCCACUAGUUCAUACAAAAAAGCAAUGGCCGAGUGGAACGCAUUCAUUGAGAAGUAAAUCUGUCAGUUGUUGAUUACUGAUUGUUACUAUUGCAUUGUUUUGUGUGUUUCACAAGUUAAUUGCUGUUUUUUUGUAAUUAUUCAGUGGGUCUAAGGUGUUGGUCUUUGACCAAUACCCCACCGCAAAGUGAAAUUGAGGCAGUGGCUGAGUCACCGGGAAAACUCUCCUGCUCACUUUGAGUGGCUCAAUUUUACCUCCGAGUGGGGUAUCCCUUAAUAACGCCUGUAUUUCAGGAUACAAUGUUGGAAAAACACUACCUCAUAAUGGCAGAAUUUAAUUUCCUUUUAUUACUGGGGUUCCAGUACAUCUAAGUUGUUUGUCUUAAACAUGUACCCCAAACCUAAGCGAAAUUGAGUCACUUGCUAUAGUCCCUCGAGUUGUGCAAGUGAGCAGAAAAGUUUUUCAGGUAACCCAGCCACUGUCUUAAUGUGACCCAUCAAAGAGCAGAAUAGAGAGCGCGCUUCUGAAGGUACAAGACCGGGUUAAAACAGUCUUUGUGUUGCCAACCCCCAUCACAGCAAAUAUGCUCAGCAAAGCAAUUGUCACCUAUAUUACCAUCUUAAAGUAGUUGAUGUACUCUAAGGUUACUAUUUCAAGGCUCAAUUUCACCUGGGAGUGUGGUAUACCUAUCCUGUAUUUCAGCAUACAGUGUUAAAAUGCUGCUGCAUAAGGGCUGAGAGAAAUGUGAAGAGAUUUAUUCAAAGCCUGUAUUCAGGAUGCAAUGCAAAGCAGCAAAAUGCUGCUUCGUAAGAGGUGGGAAUUGUGAACCCCACCCCAAAGUGAAAUUGAGACGGUGGCUGGUUCACCUGGAAAGCUCCUGCUCACUUAUCCAAGUCUAGGGACUUUGGUGAGUGGCUCAUUUUAAAUGGGAGUGGGGUAUCCCUUAAGAUUUUUCAAAUUCUGUAUUUCAGGAUGCAAUAGUGGAAAAUCGCUACUUCAUAAGGGCUGAGAAUUUAAUUUCCUUAUUUUACUGGCGUCGCAGUACAUCUAAGGUAUUUGUCUUAAACAUAUAGCCCAGUCCCAAACGAAAUUGAGUCACUCGCCAUAGUCCCUGGAGUGGCGCAAGUGAGCAGAAACGUUUUUCAGGCAACCCAACCACUGUCUGAAUGUGACCCAUCAAAGAGUAGCAUAGAGAAGGUCUUUUGAAGGUACAAGACAGGAUCUUAAACAGUCUUUGUGUUGCCAACCCCCAUCACAGCAAAUAAGAUGUUAAUAUAGGUGACAAUUGCUUUGCUGAGCAUAAAGUAGUUGCUGUACUCUAAGGUUAUGAUUUCAACCGUCUGCACUGCCAAAUUGAGGCUCAAUUUUACCUGGGAGUGGGGUAUCCCUUAAGUUUUACCUAUCCUAUAUUUCAGCAUACAAUGUUAAAAUGCUGCUUCAUAAGGACUGUACUCAAAGGUUACGAUCUCAAACGUUUUUGCUGCCAAAUUGAGGCUCGAUUUCACCUGGUAGUGGGGUAUCCCUUAAGUUAUACCCAUGCUGUAUUUCAGCAUACAAUGUUAAAAUGCUGCUUCAGAAGGACUGAGAGAAAUGUGAAGAGAUGUAUUCAAAGCCUGUAUUCAGGAUGCAAUGCAAAGCAGCAAAAUGGCUGGUUCACCUGGAAAGCUCCUGCUCACUUAUCCAAGUCUAGGGACUUUGGUGAGUGGCUCAUUUUAAAUGGGAGUGGGGUAUCCCUUAAGAUUUUUCAAAUUCUGUAUUUCAGGUUGCAAUAGUGGAAAAUCGCUACUUCAUAAGGGCUGAGAAUUUAAUUUCCUUAUAUUACUGGCGUCCCAGUACAUCUAAGUUAUUUGUCUUAAGCAUAUAGCCCAGUCCCAAACGAAAUUGAGUCACUCGCCAUAGUCCCUGAAGUGGCGCAAGUGAGCAGAAACGUUUUUCAGGCAACCCAGCUACUGUCUGAAUGUGUCUGAUCUGUCUAUCCUGUAUUUCAGCAUACAAUGUUAAAAUGCUGUUUCAUAAGGACUGAGAGAAAUGUAAAGAGACUUUUUCAAAGCCUGUAUAUCAGAGUGCAAUGUUGGAAAAUGCCAACUGUGAUUUUGUGUGAACAAAGAGGAAAUAAUAAAUGUUAAAUAUGUUAACAAGUCA